AUGACCGUGCAGGAUCAAUUCUACGAGUAUAUAUACGGGGAGGCAGCCAGGCACGACGUGAAGGUGCUGUUUGAGAACAAGCCCAAGUUUCUACUAGUGCACUCGUCCUCAGGGCACAAACACACCCUCAAGGAAGUGCUAGCUGACCCAGCAGUGGCAGUGCGACUGGCAGACACUAAGGCCCUUGCCAAAGUGAAGACAUUGGAUGCUUUCUACAGUAUGUUACAGUCAGAACCUAACAGAGCAUAUUACGGUAUACGGCAUGUGGAGAAAGCGAAAGAGGCUCACGCUAUCGAGAUACUCAUGGUCACAGAUGAACUGUUCAGAUCAGCAGAUGUUCCCACGAGACAGAGAUAUGUUCGACUAGUGGAGGCAGUCAAAGAUGGAGGAGGAACUAAGGACUGCCAAGAUUUCUACGUUCAUCAGCUGUUCCAUGCUAAUCCACAAGUUGUGGCACAACAGACACUGGGACUAGUGACCAAUCAGAUAGCAGUAGACUUCUGA